AUGUCAUUGUCCUCGGAACGUGAGUUUAAGCUGUACUACAGAUAAAAGAUAAAAAAAUGUUUGAAAAAGUGAAACGUGUAUAUUACGGGUUUCUGAAACAGAUAUAUCAAUAGGCUAUUGCAAUCCAAACGUUUCGAGCAAUUUGAAAAGAUGUAGGAAAAGAUGUUCUUGAAACGUUUUUGUGGAUUGUAUAAAUCAAGAGAAUUAAAGUUCAAUUAAGUACAAGUUUCGCAGAAGCCGAGUCAAUUCUGGCGCCUCUGAUGCAAAAGUACCUGGAGGCUCUGAACACUUCCGACUGGAAGGCCGUCGAAAACUUCUACCACGUCAAUUCGGUCAUGAUCGAGAAGGGAAAGAGCUGCAUGUUCGGAAAUCAAGGUGACUCUUUGAAAAGCUUCUUGAAAAUGACGAAGAACUUGUAGAAAGCGGCUUCUAAAGCCGAUUUUUUGGAGUUCAAUUCAAAGCGCUGUAUCUCAGCGGUCGGUGGAGAUAUCGUAAAGUUGUCAACUGAUGAAAUGUGCACAGUUUCUUGAUGAACAUUUGAUCAGUUGACACCUUUUUGCAAUCUUCACCGGGCGCUGAGAUGUAUCAGAUUUUCCAUUUUUCAGCUAUUGUCGAUAGUUUCAAAGGGAUGGGUGCGGAUUUUGGAAAGUACGAAGUGCAGGUUAGUCCCUUUUUUUAAAUAGUAUGUUCAGGCCUCAAAACCUUUUUUCAGAUCUCGAAUUCUCGUUACGAAGGCGUCGGGGACUUUGUGAACAUCCACACCGAUUUCAGUUUUGUCACUGAGAAAGUAGGCACUCUUUAGGGCUCUCCAUUAAAUGCUUUUAUGUGUUUUUAUUGCAGCAAGGAGUCCUUUCCGGGCAUUUCACCCAAAUCUGGAAGAACGAGGACGGAAAGUACGCGAUUGUUUACGAUCAGUUCAAGAUUUGA